ACGGCUUUAGGGCUCUAGAUGUUGAGGCGUCUUGCGCCUAGGAGCAUGUUCAAGGGGCGAAUGCCGUCCUCCAGCGCGGCCGAUGCAAGCGAGGUGCUGGGCGAGCAAUCAGGGAGCGUGGCAGUCGGGCUGCUCAACAGGCCCAACAAGCUCAACUCGUUGAAUGAGAACAUGAUCGUCCGCCUUCAAGAGCUCUACCAGAGGUGGGAAACCGACAGCAACGUUGUCGCAGUCAUCCUGAAGGGCAAUGGGAGGGCUUUCUGCGCUGGCGGUGAUGUUGCAAGUGUUUGUGAACUUGGUCGUCAGGGUAACCUACGUCUCCCUCGCUUUCAUGACAAUCUCAUGGUGCUCACUUCUACAGGUCGCCAACACCAGGCCAGUGGAUUCUUUUACAAGGAAUACGUGCUCAACUAUUACCUUGCGACAUUCAAGAAACCGCAUGUGGCCUUUCUCAACGGGGUCGUCAUGGGUGGCGGGAAUGGCGUCUCCGUUCAUGGCAAGUAUCGCGUUGCCACAGAGAAAACUCUGUUUGCUAUGCCGGAGACUGCCCUCGGACUGCAUCCCGACGUUGGAGCAUCGUAUUUUCUGUCUCGUUUGGAUGGGCAUUUGGGGGAGUAUCUGGGGUUGACGGGCGAGCGUCUUGAUGGAGCUGACAUGCUCAACAUUGGGCUCGCAACACAUUAUGUGCCGUCGGAGCGGCUAGCAUCUCUAGAAAGCGAGCUGCGCAGUGUCUCCUCGCCAGAGAGCGUGGAAGAAACACUCGGGAAAUUCUCGGGCAGGCCGCCGGUGCAGGGAAAGAGCUGCUUGCACAGGCUGCAGGUGAUCAAUGCUUGCUUCUCGGGAGACACGGUGGAAGGCAUUCUACAUGCAUUGGAAAGGGAGCGGGGUGACGGCGACGAUGAGUGGCUGGACAAGGCCACGAGCAAGCUCAAGGGAGCAUCUCCGACGAGCCUCAAGAUCACCCUGGCAUCGAUUCGUAGAGGCAGGCAGGAGUCCCUCGCCGAGUGCCUGGCAAGGGAGUACCGCAUGAGCUUCCGUGCGGUGUCGGCAAAGUACUCGGGAGACUUUUACGAGGGGUGCCGGGCGAUCCUGAUAGACAAGGACAACCGGCCGCGGUGGGAUCCCAGCAAGCUCGAGGGCGUGUCGCGCGAGGUGGUGGAGGGCUAUUUUGCGGCGCUGGGCGACGGGGAAGGGGAGGAGCUGCAGCUGCCGGUGGGCGAGCGGGGCACGGGAGCUCGGUCUCGUGCUCGGAUUUGAUGAGAAUGGGACGCCACGUAAGACUCCCCGCAUGUAUAAAAAGGAGGCGUGGGCAUGGCUAUGGGGGUUUGCCCUAUCUUUGUACUUGGGCUCUGCUCAAGUCACCAAAUUCGAUCUUCGCUUCCAGGAGGUA